AUGCCUUCCAUGAAAUCUACUCUCAGCUCCUCCAGUUGUCAAUUCGAGGCCCUGUAUUGCUCACUCUGCGAUAAAUACUUCUACUCUAAGAAUAUGCUCCGUCAGCACCUUGAAUCCUCCAGCCGUCAUCCGCGCUGUGAACCGUGCAAGAAGAGCUUUCUCAACAUGAACUCCCUUCGCAACCACUACGUUCUUUCGUCGCGACACAACUACUGCCGUGAAUGCGAUAGGAGCUUCAAGACGUCUUCUGGCUUUAGAGUCCAUAUGGAACACGCUCCUUGCCAUAGAGAGGAUUUUGACGAUGACGACGCUGCCGAGUAUGAUGACUCCAACUACCCCAAAGAUUGGGAAGAUGAAAUGGCUGCACGUCUAGAUCGACAAGCCCACAAAGAAGACCCUAUUAUCACAGAAAACGACUCGAGCCCUCCAAUGAGUCGUGUUGAAGUUGGCAAAGCUAUAUUGGCUUUGAAGAAACGAAUUGCCAAGCAGUCUAAGAAAGUCACCCAAAGCUGUCCCAUUUGCCUUUCCGUCCCCAAGUCCAUGAGCGCCGCUCAGUGUGGACAUUUGUUCUGCACGUCUUGCAUCACACAUGCGUUUGAGAACAAUCAUGGUUGUCCAAGUUGCCGCAGACCUGGCAAAGUCGCUCAGCUUCGCAAGGUUGACCUUUAUAUCUCAUGA